AACACGACUUCUUUUAAUAGCGGUCCUUGUGGCAGAUUUUCAGGAGACCCUCAGCUGGAUUCUUGCUGCCAAGGGGUACAAGGGAGCUAUGACAAGCCAUGAAUCAGGAAAGUUCCCAUACCGGACCGGAGCUUUGAAAACUGAGGGAUAUUUUGAGGCGAUUAUGAGAAAAUGAAGAGACAAAACGUGCGGACACUCGCCUUAAUUAUCUGCACUUUGUCCUAUUUGCUCAUUGGAGCGGGAGUCUUCGACGCUCUCGAGUCAAAGCAAGAGAAAAGCCACAAGAGCAAACUCGACUAUCGAAAAUUUCUACUUAUGCAUAAAUACAAUCUCACCAGGCUUGACUUUGAUCAGAUUGAAAAGGUCGUGUUGCUUCUGAAGCCUCACAAAGCUGGAGUCCAGUGGAAGUUCGCCGGAUCUUUUUACUUCGCCAUCACUGUGAUAACGACCAUAGGUUAUGGCCAUGCCGCCCCCAGUACGGAUGCUGGGAAAGCAUUCUGCAUGGGAUAUGCGCUUCUGGGCAUCCCCCUCACCCUGGUGAUGUUCCAGAGCCUGGGUGAACGUAUCAACACCUUUGUCCGCUUCCUGUUGCACAAAGCCAAGAAAUGCAUGGGCCUGCGGCGGCCGGAAGUGUCCAUGGUCAACAUGGUGAUCAUCGGCUUCUUUUCCUGCGUCAGCACCUUGUGCAUAGGAGCAGCUGCCUUCUCCCACUACGAAGGUUGGACCUUUUUCCAUGCCUUCUACUACUGUUUCAUCACCCUCACCACCAUUGGAUUCGGGGACUACGUAGCCCUACAGAAGGACAACGCUCUCCAGAAUGACCCUCAUUACGUGGCCUUUAGUUUUGUUUAUAUCCUGAUGGGCCUCACAGUAAUUGGUGCUUUCCUCAAUCUAGUGGUGCUACGGUUCAUGACAAUGAACACCGAGGAUGUGAGAAGAGACGCAGAGCAGAAGUCGCUGCUCUCCAAAAAUAAACAGAAAGGUCCGGUUACACGGCGUCCGGACCCUCCGAGCCCAGCCGCCGUUGGGCGAGAUAAAAGGCGAGGGCUGAAGAGUGUCUACGCUGAGGUGCUUCACUUCCAGACGGUGUGCUCCUGCCUGUGGUACAAAAGCCGAGAGAAGAUGGUGAUCCUCCCACAGGAUCUGUCCUUCACCGAUGCGCUAAUGGAGCAAGGAGACGUAUCACCCCACCACUUCUUUGAACCCGGCCCCACGGGCUGUGUGUGUAACCCUCAACGCUGCUCAGCCAUUAGCACUGUGUCUGCUGACCUGAGAAACAUCUCACCGUUCAGGUUCUUCUCCAAGAGACGUAGCUCUGUCUGAAUCACCUCACUUUCUUAUACAGUCACUGUAGAUCUCUAAUGAGUCACAUGAAUAAUUUUCAUAGCAUUCACAUGAAGAUUCUUGAAUGGACCACCCAAGAUUGAGGUGAACUGAUGAAAGAGCUCCACUAGGAGUCUUUUUGCACCAACACAUCUAUAUUCAUUCAACACUUUGAUGACUAUAAUGAGAAUUCAAAUGGUCUUCUACUUCAAAUAGCUCAUUUGCAUUCACUCACAAAAUUUUGCACGCACUCUCUAAACUGGUGAUGGGAAAAAUAUGAGGUUGGAGGAAAACUAUAUUUUAAUUGAGAGAGAACAUAAAGUUUCUCAGGUGAAAGAAAAAGUUUUGCGAGCAAGCACAAAGCAUUUCAUUAUAAUUUUUUUAUAAUGUUCAUAUUUUGAACAUGAUCCCCUUAGUGAAUACAUAAUCUGUGUUGAAAUAACAAUUGAAUAACAUUUCAAUAAAUUCCUCUUCCUAUCAAUUCAACUUCCUGUGGGGUGUGGCCAAUUCAACUCAAAUUCAGCUCCUUAAAAAGGAGCCAGUUCUUCAUUUCUGCAAUUUGCACAGUUCCGUUGGAUCAAUAGUUUUCGCAAUGUUGCGAUGUUGAGAAAACCACAGCUGACACUCUUUACUAAGUAUACUAUGAUCUGAUAUUAUUGCCAGAUUGCCACUCCAUUACUGUAAUGAGUCUCCUAUAAUACGCUGUGCUACUGUAACCAGCAAAAUGAAACACCUAUCAGGUAUUUGUUGAUCCAGAUGGCAUAUACCGACAUGACUCCUGCAUUCUGCCCAGCUCUGUACAGUGUGUUAAGGGAAUAAUCUGACCUUUUGAAAGCUCCUGAAGUAUAUUAACCUGAUGGAGGUCACAUGGAGUGAUUAAGCAGUAUUCGAACUGGCAGCAGAUGACUUUGUUUUUCAUAACUAGGACAGAGUUGUCAAUGUAACAGUGAUAUCAGAGUCAACAUCUCGGCACGGAAAAUUUAUUAGACUCUUGAACCUGAGGUAUUUAAUUACUCUUGAUGUUUAGCAAAUAAAAUUCCUUUGAAGACAAAGUAUAAAUAUGACCUUGGUCUGAACUAGAGCUCUAGGAAAAACAGCAGCUAUCACAUACGGACACUCCAAGUGCACUCAGCACUGAUCUGGACAUCGUGUCCUGUGUAUCUCCCAUGAUUCAGAGAGGCCUUGCUGAUCAGGCUAUGCUUGGCCCACACAGGAGUGUGUGCCAUCUUCUCAUCCUGCCAAGGAGAAAGCGCUUUGUGCCCAAUACUUUGCCUUCAGCUAUUAAACCUGCAUGACACAGUGACAGAAGGAACGCCAUUGCAACAAAUGCCUGUAUUGCCCCCCCUUGGUGGCGGCAUCUGUUGCUUUUCCUUCUAGAUUUUUUUCGUUUGGCAUCUACAUCCAUGUGAAAGGUAGAAAAUAUCUUUGACCAGCAGGUCAGUGGGGGCAGGACAGAGUGUACAUUUGUUUCUAUUUUUGUCCUUACCAAACGAAACGGGGCAAAAAUAACUCUUUGCUGAGUAGAAUAAUAAUAAAAAGAAUAGCAGAUUUAUUUUUGUCCAUGUGAAAUUGAUAUGAUCAUGUCAAAUGCCAGUGAAACUAGGGAAAGGGAUGUAUUUUCACAAUGUUUAUACU